GAGAGAGAGAGAGACAAGAACCGAGCCGCGAGGCGGCGGCCACCAUAUAAAGCCGACAUCCAUCUCCGUUCCCACCUCCAUCUGUAGUUUUGGUUCGUUUCUCAUCAGCUCAGAGAGACUCAGCCACUCAGAGAUGGGAAGGGGAGGAAAAUUAGUUCCUCGGCGGAGUGGAAAGAGAAGGGUUCGUUCUAAAGAAAAGGGUUCGGAUGAUUCAGAUGAGGAUUUUAUCUUGGAAGAAGAUGAAGGAAACGAUACAUCUUAUAGUUCCGACUGCGUUUCUUCCUUUGCUGGAGAAGAUUCGGAGGAAACUUUUGAUUUUGAGGCUGUGAGUUGCGGGAGUCAAGAGGAGGAGGAGGAGGAGGAGGAGGAGAAAAGGGUUACUGGAAUGAAAUCCCGGUCGGUUCUUCGAGGUCAGAGGAAACCUAGCGUUAAACGUUCACACAAAAGAAGAAGAAUUUCUGAAGAUGAUGAAGUUGACUACGGCUACGAUGAUGAGGAAUUCUUGCCUGAUGGGAUCGAUCGUGUAGAUGGAAGGGGGAGGAGGGCUGUUAGAUUAAAUCCAGACAAUAGUUCUUCUGGUUGUAUUAAACGCUCGACGAAGAGAACCAGAGCGUUAGUCCAUUACGAUGAAAAUGAUGAUGAUGAUGACCUCGUCGAUGACGAUGACGACGACGAUGCCGAGUUCAUUCCGGAUGGGAUUGAUGUUGUGGAUGAUGAAGAGGAUUUUCAGGUCAGGGAAAAAAGUAACACUAGAAAACGUUUAGUGCGGAAAAGGGUAUCUCUGAAAGGCCAGAAAACGAAAAGGAAAUCGAAGGCUGCAAAUAAGCCAUUGAGGAAGAAGGGGAGGAGAAACAAGAGGAAGCCAGUUUUGAGGAGGAAAGUUAACUCUGAUGAUGACUUCAUAGCUAACAAUAGGACGGUCAAGGAAAAGACUAAGAAGAAAUCAGGGAGAAAAAAGAGGAGAUCGGCCAUUUGGUAUUCGGAUUCGGACGUUGUAUCUUCUGGAUCUUCGGAUUAUGAGUACACCAUCUCUGAGGAAGAGAGGGAGGUAUUGAAAGAAGCCAGCAUAUUUUGUGGGAAUUUGACAACUUGCUUGAGGAGUUCAUCUUUGUCGAAGCAAUCGUAUGUUCAUGAAACUUCAAACCAUCAGCAAAAGAGAAGCCCCGGACGAAAGGGGAAAGUGAAGGUCGAAGAUUUACGGAUCGAUGUAGGGAAGCAAGUCUGUGGGAUCUGCUUGUCUGAAGAAGGAAAGGGGACAAUCCGGGGAACAUUAAACUGUUGCAAUCAUUACUUUUGCUUCGCUUGCAUAUUAGAGUGGUCAAAGGUGGAAUCUCGUUGCCCACUGUGCAAACAGAGAUUUACCACCAUUAGUAAACCUGCAAGUUCCAACUUGGGAAUUGAUCUAAGGAGUGUGAUCAUACGGGUCGCGAAACGUGAUCAGGUCUAUCGGCCAACUGAAGAAGAAAUAAGAGGUUAUUUUGAUCCAUAUGAAAAUGUUGUUUGCAUCGAAUGUCAUCAAGGUGGAGACGAUUAUCUUAUGUUACUUUGUGAUAUCUGUGAUUCCCCUGCACAUACCUAUUGUGUUGGUCUAGGACGGGAAGUACCUGAAGGUAAUUGGUACUGUGAAGGUUGCAGGGCAGCUGAUCCUGGGUCUUCAAAUUCACUAGUACAAGAUCCUGUGUGCAAUUCGACAACUGUAACUGGAAACUUAUCCGCUGGACUCUGUACUGGGGGAAUCAACGUAGAAUUUUCUAAUGAGACUUGCCGAAAUUCAGUGUCUGCACAAGGUCCUUCUUCUGUUUCCCCAGGAAUUGGGGUUGUCCCAUCUCCUAGACAUGCUUUAGGGGGAGAUUUUCAGGUUACAUCCCCAGGGACUGGAGCAGGGGCAUCAACUCUGUCAGGAAGACGGCGAAUACGCCUUCGGAUACACAACCUUCUUUCUAGCAAUAGGAUGAAUGAAGGAGCUGAAAUGGCCAGCAGAGAUGAUGGGGCUUCACAUGUUAAUUUAGGAAGUGAAUUUGGCAACUCUGAACUUGGGCUAGGUGGUGAAACUGAUCAAACAACACACCAAAAUGCACCAAUAUCAGAAAGUGCAAGGUCAUGUUUUGCAGUUGGUGGGUGUAUGUCAAAGGACAGCAAUCCUUGUGCAGUGCAAGAGGAGGAUGCCUUUGAUGCAAGUUUUAGGCAUUCGAGUAGACAUACCAAUGGAGGCCCUAAUACUGCCACUUUAAGUGGUUCUGCUCGGGGAGCAUUAUGUGCUGAGCAUGCUGAAAUCAAUGCAGCAUCAGGUCUUUGGCAACUUCACCAGUGCACUGGUGCUAAUAUUUCUCAUGUCACAUAUCCCGAUGAGGCUCAUUUUCAUACAGCAAAAGUUGCAGAGGAACAGAACGGGGCAAAACAACAAUUACAAACUAUUGUGAGACACCAUUUGAAGCGGUUGUCCCAACACACAGAAAUAGAUCGUGGGGCUUUCAAGGACAUUGCCAGGAAUUCUACCCACACCAUUUUAGCUGCUUGUGGGCUUGAUCACAAUAGGAGCAUGGCUAUCCCGGUGCAACCACCAUCUAGAUGUCCCCAUGUUGAGAGACAAAGUGAGCCAAUGAAUCAGAUGGAGAAUUGUUGUUCGGCUUGCUUCAACUCCUUUGUCAGUGAUGUGGUUAGGAGGAUCAUGAACACAAGGUUGCAAUCUUAAGCUUUCAACUGGUGAUCUGUGCCAAGAAUACUUCUCUCUGUUUUGUUCUGAUCUGCCCGGGAUUGCAUUCGUUUAUUGUUAUCAUUAUUCAUUUUCCCCCCAUUUUGAGGCAUAAAGAUAGAGAUGAGCCAUGGGAGUCUCAACACACAGGCAUUUGGUUGGGAUUUGAUCAGUUUAAAUUGUAUUCAGUAGUUACUAACUCAAUUUUUUUUUUUUUUAAAACUGUUGAAGCAGAGAAACCUACUCAUUUUUUAAUAAAUCAAAAGAAACUCGAAGAGAAAUUAUACGGUAAAAACAAUGUCUUUAUCUUGUUUCUUA